AUGUCUGGAACGGAAAAAUUGAAACUUCUGGUUAUCGACAAUUGCCCUGCUCAUCCAAAAGUUUUACUUACAGAACUUAAAGCUAUAAAAACUGUUCACUUGCCUGCCAAUACGACCUCUAAAUUACAACCAAUGGAUCAGGGAAUCAUAAAAAAUUUAAAGUGCACAUCAACUUUACAAAACUUCGAAGCCAAAAAAGAAGACGAAAGAGAAGAAGAAGAAGAAGAUGAAGAAGAUGAUGAAGAUGACACAGAACGCAUAGAACCAACGACAUUUAAAGAAGCUGUAGAGAGGCUAAACGUUGCACAGAAGUUCAUUCAAGAACAUGAAAAUAAAAAAUUGAUUUUCAAUCAAUUGCAAUUGAGCAAGGAGGAGAAGGGUAAUGAUGAUGAUUAUGUUAACAAGCCGUCGCGUCGACGUCGAUUGUUGCCCGAUAAGAAGCGAGGAAUUGAAAAGGAUUGA